AUGUCAGCGAUCAAUAUUGCGUUUAGAAGGUUUUGGAACAGCCAGACGGGGCCCAAGACGGUGCAUUUCUGGGCACCCACGAUGAAAUGGGGGUUGGUUAUUGCUGGUCUCUCGGAUUUGCAGAGGCCGGUGCAGAAGUUAUCCGGCACACAGUCGCUUUCCCUUCUGGCAACUGGGUUCGUGUGGACCCGGUGGUCCUUCGUGAUUAAACCGAGGAACAUGCUUCUGGCUUCGGUGAACUUCUUCCUGGGGUGCACGGCGAGUAUGCAGAUUGCUAGAAUGGUUAAGUACAGGCUAGAGAGGGGGGACACGUGGCCGCAGGCAUUGAAGUACCUGGUCACGUCAAAGGACGCUUCUGCAAAUGCUCUAGUCGUGGGACAGCUACCACAGCCCGUGCGACAGGAGGACGCGAAAUUGGUACAUUGA